UUCAAUUUUAAUUUCCAUUGAAACUAGGAGCGACAGGGCUGUCCCUACAAUGGACUGGGUCAGUAGCUUGCCAUCAGAUAUACAACGCAAUAUUCUAGGGCGCAUUCCUUUUGAGGAAGUAGCAGGAACAAGCAUCUUGUCAACGACAAGUAAUUGGUCUGAACAUUCAGUCAUACUUGACAAACUCCUCUUUGAAGAGCGGGGCCAAUGGAUUGAUGAACUCCAUCCAAGUGCAUGGGUGAACAAAGUUGAGGAAAUUCUCAAUAAUCAUCGUGAAGGUCUCAUUCCCAUUCAAAAGUUUGUUCUCCACAUUCCGGACAUGCAAUAUAAGUGGGGCCUAUUUAUAAAUAUCUGGCUGUCAUACCUGUCAAGCAAUAGUAUCAAAGAACUCUCCGUGGAUAAUUGCAAUGUUAUUACAUAUAUGCUUUCUUCUAUCUCGUUGAGUGGUCUGAAUUGACACGAUUGAUGCUCCGUAAUUGUGCAUUCUACAAAUCAUUUGGAAGCUUUCAGAAUCUCCGAUUCCUUCAUCUUGAGAAAAUAGCAUUUGGUUCCGUCAAAGUUGGUGAUGUUACACUCAGUACCCCAUCGCUUGUGUGGGCGGAGCUUAUAGAUUGCACAGGCUUUCGAUAUUUGGAUAUUCAAGCUCCAAAUCUAGUGAACUUUGUUGUUGCCACUAGUGUUAGAAUGAGUCGUGAUGAUGAGAAUCAUAUGAGGUUAAAGCUGGCGAAACCAACUAUUCGAAUCAUCAACCCCAACCACAGCGGCUCAAAGUUGGGUUUCAGAGUAGAAUAUUUUUUCUCUUCCCAAGGUCGAAGGGUUCGGGCCAGAAGGUGAACCAGCCUGAACUAUGGACAAAAACAGAAGUUGCUCUGGAUUGGGUUGUGAUUGAUAUGGAUGGACCAUGGCUGGUGUCGACUUAGUUAAAGUCAAUAAGCUAGCUUUUUUUUUGUUUUUUUUGUUUUUCAUCGUUUUGGGUAUGUUAUAUUCGUUUUGUAAAAUGUUUUAAGAUCCGUUUUUUCUUUUUUCCUCA